AUGGCCGCCGAAGUCGGAGAGGGUAACUGCAUCGGCUAUGCCGCCAGGGAUCAGUCGGGAUUCCUCUCACCCUUCAAGUUCAACCGCAGGGAGGUGGGCCCCAAGGACGUGCGCAUCCGCAUCACGCAUUGUGGCAUCUGCCACAGCGACGUCCACCAGGCCAAGAACGAAUGGCGCAAUUCUCAGUACCCCAUGGUCCCGGGGCACGAGAUUGUGGGGGUGGUGGAGGCGGUGGGCUCCGAGGUGACCAAGGUGGCGGUGGGGCAGAGGGCGGGCAUCGGGUGCAUGGUGGACUCGUGCCACACGUGCCAGGCAUGCGUGCAACACGUGGAGCAGUUCUGCCCCGAGCGCGUGUACACGUACAACCAGUUGGACCCCAAGACGGGCGAGGUCACCAAGGGCGGCUACUCCUCUUUCUACGUGUGCGACCAAGACUUCGUGCUGAGUAUCCCCGACAAGCUACCGUCAGACAUGGCAGCGCCGCUGCUGUGCGCGGGAAUCACGGUGUACUCGCCCUUGGUUUACUACGGCGUCAACCAGCCGGGCAAGCGCCUCGGAGUCGUGGGGCUGGGCGGGCUGGGCCACAUGGCGGUGAAAUUCGGCAAGGCGUUCGGCAUGCAUGUGACGGUGCUGAGCACGAGUCCGGGCAAGGAGAAGGAGGCCAAGGACGUGUUGGGCGCUGAUAGGUUCAUUGUCACCAAGGAUGCUGACGCGAUGAAGGCAGCAGUGGGGUCAUUGGAUGCCAUAGUGGACACGGUAUCAGCGCAGCACGAGCUGGCGCCAUACCUGGACCUUCUCACAUUCAACGGCAAGAUUAUCCUUGUUGGCGUGCCCCCGGAGCCCUACAGCCUGCAUGCCAGCCAGCUCAUCGGCUCCCGCAAGACUCUGGCUGGUAGUUUGAUUGGAGGGAUCAAGGAGACUCAGGAGAUGCUGGAAUUUUGUGCGGAGAAGGGGGUUACACCAAUGAUUGAGACUAUUGCCAUUCAGGACGUGAACAAGGCAUACGAGAGGAUGGUUAAGAACGAUGUGAAGUAUCGCUUUGUCCUUGAUAUCGAGAAAAGUUUUAAGUAG